UUGACCUAUUGACCCAAAUGUAGCUUUCUAUAGAUUUAAAAGGAAUAACGUUACCAUCAUUUUAUCAUACUCUUAGCUUUUCUCUUUCUCUAAGAUUUGGAGGGAUUCAUCAAUGGCUUCCCUUUUCCUACUCAUACUUGCUCUGUUUACCUUUCAAUUACAAAUUAGUGUUCUCACCUCACAAACUAUUCCAAAUCAAGAUGAUAGUUACAUAAAGUUUAUACAGAACGCAAAUACUUUACCAACAACAGAAAAAUACGACUACAUAAUAAUAGGAGGAGGAACUGCCGGUUGUCCAUUAGCUGCAACAUUAUCAUCAAAUUUCUCCGUCCUUGUUCUUGAAAGAGGAAGUGACCCCAAUGCCUUCCCCAUGGUCCUAUCCCAAGAAGGCAUGGCAAACACUCUCACCGAGGACGACGACGGUCACAACCCAUUCCAACGAUUCGUUUCAGAAGAUGGUGUUGAGAACAUUAGAGGUCGAGUCCUUGGUGGAGGUAGCAUGAUAAACGUGGGAUUCUACUCAAGAGCACAACCAGAGUUCUUCAAAAACUCGAGUGUCCAAUGGAACAUGGAGAUGGUAGAGGAGGCGUAUCGGUGGAUCGAAGAGACAGUCGUGUCUCGACCAGAGUUAGGACCUUGGCAAUUGGCUUUCAAGGAAGCCCUUGUAGAAGCUGGGGUUGGCCCUGAUAAUGGAUAUGAUUUGGAUCAUGUUGUUGGGACAAGAAUUGGAGGUUCUAUCUUUGAUUCUAGAGGGAAAAGGCAUGGAGCUGUGGAGCUUCUCAAUAAGGCUAAUCCUAUAAAUCUUAAAGUGGCCACCCAAGCCACAGUCAAAAGAAUCAUUUUCUCUCGAUCUAAUGGUUUAUCAGCAACUGGGGUUUUAUAUUCCGAUUCAAAUGGCAAACUUCAUAAAGCAACCAUCUCUAGAAAUGGAGAAAUCAUUCUAAGUGCAGGUGCUAUUGGAAGUCCUCAACUUCUCCUCUCAAGUGGGGUUGGCCCAAAAUCUGAUCUUUCAUCCUUAAAACUACCUCUCGUUCUUCACAAUCGACAUGUCGGUCAAUCCAUGGCCGACAACCCGCGCUUGGGCGCUGCCAUCGUCCUCCCAUUUCUCACCCCGCCAACAUCGGUACAAGUCGUUGGAACUUUAAAACCUAACAUCCACAUUGAAUCUCUCUCAACUAUUUUACCCUUUUCAAUCUCCCCACCUUUCGCACUUCUUCCUCCGCGUUCCUCCGCUGUUAAUCUCAGCCUCGCCAUCUUCGCCGGGAAAUUCUCUACCGUGUCCUCCACCGGAAGCCUCCGGCUGGACAGAAGAAAAAACCCGAUUGUUCGAUUUAAUUACUUAUCACAUCCGGAUGAUCUUGAGAGGUGUGUUGAAGGGGUUAGAAAAGUUGGAGAAUUGGUGAAUACAAAAGUUAUGGAGAGGAUUAAGACGAGGGAUUUAGAGGGUAAAAUGGGGUUUGAGUUUUUGGGGAGUUCGUUGCCGGAAAACAUGUCAGAUUAUGGUUUGGUAGGAGAGUUCUGUCGGAAAACAGUGACGACAUUUUGGCAUUACCAUGGAGGAUGUGUAGUCGGAAAAGUUGUCGACGGUAAUUACAAAGUCAUCGGAGUUAAUAACCUUCGUGUUGUGGAUGGUUCUACUUUUUCUCUCUCGCCGGGAACAAACCCUAUGGCCACCGUUAUGAUGUUGGGCAGGUACGUUGGCCUUAAGAUGUUGCAUCAAAGAUUGGGUCAAAGAUCCAAACCAUUUGGCAAUUGAGGAUAUAUACAACAUAACUGUCCUUUUUAUUGAAGUGGUACAACUCUAGAGUAAUAAUCAGGGAAUUUGAUGUUCUUAUUUCUAAAGUUUUAGACUCUGACUAAUAAAUAGAGUUCAUUAACCAUUCAAUUUGGGGGGCUUAUGCUUUGCCACUCAAACAACCUUAUAAUAAGAAGACAAGAAUAUGUUGAUAUUCACUUCUCUUUCUACUUUUUCUUGCAGUUUAGAACUGUAACUAGAAAAUUUGUAAUUUUUGCUUUUUAGUUAACUGAUUGCAUGAAUAAGAGAUCCAACAUUGUUGGCUUUUGAAAUUGGUAA